UACUGGCGUCGCGCCGCAACGUCUACGACGGCGACGAGUACGACGUGAUGACGCGCGACGACGUGGACCUGAGCUGCUUCCACCGCGGCAAACGGCUGACGACGGCGCGACUGGCGCGCGAGCUGGCGGACAAGUCGGCGCUGCGCGAGAGCGGCCUGCGCGAGCGGUACGAGUUGUUCGGCUCGCUCUCGGCCGACGGCAGCGUGUACGAGGCGGCGCAGUACGAGGACGAGUACGACGACACGUACGACGGCGUGUCCACCGGCCAAGAGGAGCCCAAGGAAGAGACCGAGGUCGACAGCGGCGCUCCAGUCCCGCUGAACCAGGCGCUGCCGAGCUCGCGCUGGCGGCGCCGCGACCAGCCGGACGAGGACGGAGAGGACGAGACCGGACCGCGGCGCGACCAGUUCGUAGCCAACCCGGAGGAGGUGCGCGCCCGCCAGGAGGCGCGGCGGCAGCAGCAGCAGCAGCAGCGCGGUCGCGGCGGCCGGCGCCAGGGACCGCCGCCAGAGCGAGACGUCACGGGGAGGCCCCGUGGCCAGGGCCAGGACAAGCAGGUGCUACAGAACCGGCGCCGCAAGACCGAGAACAAGUCGGCCCAGCACCGGCGCGGCGCCGACCGCAAACAGCGCGGGGGCAUGUUCUAGUGGCGCGGGUCAGCCGGCGGCGGCGGCGGCCGCGGGCCGGCGGACCGACCCUCAGGGGCCAACAUGAGACUGUUAUGCGGCGGGGGCGGGGCGGGCCAGCGUGCGGGUCUGGACCGGCGCCGGCCGCUCCGCACGCCCGGUGUGCCGAUCGCACUGCUGU